AUGGAAUUCGAACACACAUUAGGUCAUAUUAAAACAAAAACAACUUCAGGAGUACAAACAGCUGUGGAAAAUCUAAUUAAAAGGACUAUACCGGAUAGAUACAGUGAGUUUACUGUGAUCAUUGAUUCUGACUUGGUUACAGAUGGUAAAGAUUUGUUUAAAUUAGUUAGUACAAACGAUGGUAAGAUUCAAAUUACUGGAACCACCGGAGUAGCAGCUGCAUCUGGAUUCAACUACUACCUGAAAUAUUUCUGCAAUGCUCAUAUAUCAUGGGAACUAUCUCAACUCAGUCUACCUAGUACUUUAGCUAGUGUUAAUGUUACUAUAACAUUCAAUGACAGGUAUCGGUACUACCAAAAUGUAUGUACUACAAGCUACAGUUUUGUUUGGUGGGACUGGACACAGUGGGAGAAACACAUUGAUUGGAUUGUACUAAAUUCGUUCAAUUUUGUACUGGCAUUUAAUGGACAGGAAGCGAUAUGGAAGAGGGUUUAUCAGAAACUGAAUUUGACAAAUACGGAUAUUGACGAACAUUUUUCUGGACCAGCAUUUUUAUCUUGGUUAAGAAUGGGCAAUCUCCGUGGAUGGGGAGGACCACUCUCUGAUUCCUGGCAUGACAGAUCUUUGAACCUUCAGCACCAGAUCUUGGACAGACUUAGAGACUUUGGCGUUAUAACAAUCCUUCCUGCAUUUGCUGGACAUGUACCUAGAGCAUUCCAUGAUUUGUUUCCAGACACCAACAUGACUCUCAUGGCAAAAUGGAAUAAUUUCGCAGAUAGGUUUUGUUGUCCGUACUUUAUAGAUCCCACAGAAGAUAUUUUUCAAACUAUUGGAAAAAUGUUUAUUGAAGAACAAAUUGCAGAAUAUGGUACUGAUCACGUGUACAAUUGUGACAGUUUCAAUGAAAUGGAACCAAGCAGUACCGAUUUGACAUAUUUAUCCAACGUUGGUAAGAGUAUAUUUUCUGCUAUGAGGCAAGCUGAUCCCGAAGCAAUUUGGGUGAUGCAAGGAUGGCUUUUCGUCCAUUCUUUAUUCUUCUGGACGAGAAGCAGAGCCAAAGCCUUGUUAACUUCAGUGCCUAAAGGUCAGAUGAUCGUAUUGGAUCUUCAAUCAGAACAAUUUCCUCAGUACGAUCGAAUGGAGCAGUAUUUUGGACAGCCCUAUAUUUGGUGUAUGUUACACAAUUUUGGUGGUACGCUUGGAAUGUAUGGUUCAGCUGAUAUCAUCAAUACGGAAGUAAUAAAGACAAGAAACUCGGAAAAUUCGACAAUGAUUGGAACGGGAUUGACCAUGGAGGGUAUAAAUCAAAACUACGUUAUUUACGAUCUGAUGACUGAGACCGCCUGGAGAUCUGAACCGGCAAAUUUAAGUGAAUGGUUUAGGGAUUAUUCCAGAAGAAGAUACGGCAGACAGAACGAUAACGUUGAAAAUGCAUGGGAAAUACUCAGGUAAAAUU